AGUUUGUUUUGAUCGAGUUUCGUUGGUUUCGGAAUAGAAGUUUUCAUUUAUUGGUCAGCAACAUGUCGAUACGCAUCCAGAGCGGGAAAAGAUCCACCGCGACAAAUCUGCAGACAAAACUGCAGUCUGUCCCCUUUAAAAUACAUGCGGACUGCGAUGCGAAAGUGAAGAAGUACUUCGAAACGUACGUUAAGGAGAAAGAGAACCACUUAACAGCCUCGUUUCGUGGUUAUCCCCUCAAGGGAAAAGUAAUUGAUGUACCUGAUGGAUACAAGGGUCUUGUGUUGCACGAGAGCAUGAAACCCAUGACUGAGAAGGAAGAUAGGAAUUUUUAUGUGAUACAUACAUUUGAUAAGUUGACAAUGUGGAACUGGGACAAAGUACCAAGUAAAAAUGAUGCCAUGAUUCAAGCACUUGACUGGAUUGAUAUUGCAGAAGCUUUGCAUUCACCUAUUGUAGAUGAAUAGAGUUAGAUAAUACUAUAAGUGUUUAAAUAAUGAGGGAUACCACUCAUCUGUGAUUUGGAGUGAACUUGGGAUUAACAUUUAUCUAAAGUGAUCAGUUCACUGUUGAGCCUCAUCAACCAAAGCCUUCAAUAGAAGUUUUUUAAUUACCUUAUUACAGUUAAAUCUACUUAGUGCCUUAUAUUACUUGUUCGUUUUUUUUAUUUCUAAAUUAUUUAAUAUUGAAUUUGGAAUUUAUUAUAUUUUUAAUCAUCUUUAGU